AUGAAAAAUGACCCUACACUACCAGAACAGAAUUUUGGAAAAGAUAUUCCAGGUUUAAUACAAGGUGACAUUCUAGAAGGUCAACGUGACGUUCGUAACUCUGUGGUGAAUUAUCAACGAACAUGGACCAAUAAUGUAGUUCCUUAUACAUUUGCACCCAAUAACUAUAGUUCUACUGAACGAAACUAUAUCGUAGCAGUCAUUGCAGACAUGAUGAAAAUAACAAGAAAAUGUAUCACAUUUAUUCCACGAACAACAGAAAAAGACUUUGUGUUCAUACAGAAUGUUGGGGAAUGUAACAGUGCUAUUGGCAGGACUGGUGGCGCGCAGAUAUUACACCUUGGUAAUCAAUGCUUAAAAAAUGGUACCAUAAUGCACGAAUUAAUGCAUACACUUGGUUUCUGGCAUGAACAUACACGACCAGAUAGGGAUGACUAUAUAACAGUGUACGAAAACAAUAUUUUGAAAGAGUUUUCAUAUAAUUUCAACAAAAUGCCUGCAAAGUCAGUAUUACUACUGGAGACAUAUGAUUAUUGUUCAAUAAUGCAUUACUCUCCAACAACGUUCUCAACUGAUCCAUUGAAGCGCACAUUUGAACCACGACAACACGUAGAAUGCGAGAUCGGUCAGCGAGACUACUUAACAGAGAAAGAUAUCAACAGAAUACAAAAAUUGUAUAACUGUGAGAAAAUUGAAGAAAUGUGUUCCAAGCCAAUAGCACCAAGGAAUGGCAAUGUAACAUUCUCAGAUAGAAAAAUAAGUUCCAAAAUACAAUAUAACUGUUCUGCUGGAUAUGUAUUAUUUGGUCCAUCAGAAAGAUUUUGUAGAAAUGAUGUUAUUUGGUCUGGUGACGAGCCACUGUGUUUACUUACAAAUAAUGUAGUGAACUUUUGUAAUUUUGACGAACCUGGAACUUGCAAUUGGAAUACUGAUACAUCGGACCCCGAUCAAGACUAUGAAGAGUGGUCCAAACAAGCAGGAUCAACAAAAACACAUCAAACUGGACCUGUCUUUGAUCAUACCAGGGAAACCUCAGAUGGUUUUUAUAUGUAUGUUGAAAGUUCUGAAAAAUACAAACAAACGCAUAACCAAACAAGGAAAUUCAGAAUGAGGAAUUCUAAUAUCAGUCACGGCGAUGUUCAGGGAGGAGUCUGCAUGUCAUUUUAUUCUAAUACAUAUGGCAAAGGAAUAGUUCCAGGUUCGCUUCAGGUGUACGUAGCACCAUCAAACACUUCACAAACAAAACUGAUAUGGAAAGAUGAUGGAACAAAUUCCCAGAAAUGGAUACGGAGAAUCAUUUCAGCGCAAAUCAAGCCAGAUUCAAUUGGUAAAAUGAUUGACAUUAUAAUUGAAGUGGACAUAGGACAAAGUACAACGCCAUGGGAAAGUGAUAUAGCUGUUGAUGACAUUUUAAUUGCAUCAUGCAAUCAAAUAAAAAUAUACGAAGACUGGUUAGAAAAACAUGCUUCUACAUUGGUUCCUCAACCGGUUGGAUAAAUAAAAUAUAUUAAAAGUGGAAUAAUACGGCGCAAUUUAAGUUUUACCUUGCGGAACUUCUAUACCAUUGUGUGUUUUGUAUUUCUUUUUUUUUUAUUCUGUAUUUUCUCAUUUUUUUCUGUUAUC